AUGGGCUGCGGAGCCUCCACGGCCGCGCAGCCGUCUGAGCCCGAGCCCUCUGCAAGGUCGGGUGCAGCAGCUUCGGUGAGGAAGCAGAGCCAGACGGCAUCUCCCAAGGCCCUCAAGCCCGCGAAGUCCCUCAUGCAAACGACGCGCAUGAACCGUCUCGAGACGAUGCGCAAGUCCAUGAAGGUCCCCCACACGGACCGCGCGAAGUCCCUGCACUACCACCGCCAAGGCACUAUCACCACCACGAAAUCGCCGCGCGAGAGCUCGAACGCGACUCUGGCGUCCAAGGCGAACUACGCGCGGUCCCGAUCCAGCAAGCAGGGCGACGAGCGGGCCGUCUCCACCCCGAAGAGCCGCGCCGGCGACGCCCCCUCAGGGGUGCAGCUGCGGCCGGAGCUGAACGUGGUGAUGGACCAGCACCGCGGGCCCGAAACGCCGCGGGGCGGGACGCCGCGGUCCGCCGCGGCGCUCGAGGGCCUGCUGCGCAACUUCGACGACGACUCGGACGACGAAGGGCUCAGCGCGGGGCGCUACGCCGGCCGCGGCGUGCAAUUUAAGGACGGCAACGACAUGGAGGCGGAGCGCAUGAUGAUCAUGGCGGCCGCGGCGAGGAGCGCGCGGUGA